CGACACGCGCAACCCAAGCACUGCGAAUUCCUGUACGCGCAUCGUUAGAGCCCGAUAUAGGUAGUCGCAAACAUGACAACCAACGAGCCAUUCUACCUGCGUUACUACUCUGGUCACCAAGGCCGAUUCGGACACGAGUUCUUGGAGUUUGAUUUUCGAGUGCUCGGAGAUGGUCGCAGCGCAUCUGCCCGUUAUGCCAACAACUCAAACUACCGCAAUGAUUCACUCAUUCGGAAAGAGAUGUGUGUCAGCGAUGCUUUGGUAGCCGAGAUCAAGAAGAUUGUCAAGGACAGUGAGAUCCUCAAGGAAGAUGACACAAAGUGGCCUCAGAAAAACAAAGAUGGUCGUCAAGAGUUGGAGAUCCGGUUAGGCAGCGAGCACAUCUCCUUUGAGACUGCGAAAAUUGGGUCGCUUCAGGAUGUGCAGGACUCGUCAGAUCCAGAGGGCCUUCGCGUCUUCUACUACCUGGUGCAGGAUCUCAAGGCUCUGGUCUUUUCUUUAAUAUCCCUGCACUUCAAGAUCAAGCCCAUCUAAGCCUCUCGCUGCCCACAUGGAGGCACAGUAGCGUUGCUUUUGCCGACAGCGCACAGCCACGGGGAUGUGGCACAACCGCGGCUCGACGUAGAAUGACGUAGGAACGGCGUACGGAGUCAACUGGAGGAACGACAUCUGCUUGUGACUAGUGUCACCUGAUCUCCGUGAUCCCUUCUAGGACGAUGGUGUAUGGGAGAAGGAUGCCCAGUAAUAGGGCCAUCAAACCAAAAAUCUCUAGGCCCUACGGGUCGGCUCGGGAGGUCACCAUAGUUCACUUGGCAAGAAAUAAUAAUACACUUUACAGAUGCAUUCGACCGGCCUAGAUAGAGAAUGUUCCAAUGUGUCUAGGUUUG